CAAAGCAAAAGCAUUAGACUCUACCGCCAGUGUACAGAGCACAACAAUAACACCACUGAAUUGUUCCUUUUCCAUUGGACUAAACACGUGUACACAAUUCAUAAAACACACGCACUGCGCGGCUUUUCUUAGCACGUUGCCGCAUUUACUCUUAAGAAACAGAGAGCCAAUCAUUGACUUUGACGACGGAUAAGAUGCAGAGACGAAGUCCUCCCAAGCACAGACACGAUGGAACUUCGCCGCUGCCUCUCGGUAUGGAUUGGAGUCCUGCGCCUCGAAAAUGGAAUGGGCAAGAUACAGUAUGGCCACACAAUCAUCGUACUGGAUGGAGUUAUUGUGUCACAAUACCGUCUUGGUCCUUUGUUCCAAAAUCAAGGAAUUCAGAUCCUGUAGUGUUCUACAGGGUUCAAGUUGGUGUACAGUCACCGGAAGGGAUUACUAGGCUCCAUGGAGUAUUAAGAAGGUUCAAUGAUUUUUUAAAGUUGUUUGCUGAUCUUAAAAAGGAGUUUCCCAGGAAAAAUAUCCCUCCAGCUCCGCCCAAGGGACUCUUGCGUUUGAAAAGCCGAGCUUUGUUAGAAGAGAGAAGGUGCUCUUUGGAAGAGUGGAUCACGAAACUAUUGUCUGACAUUGAUGUAUCAAGAUGUGCUGCAGUGGCAUCAUUUCUCGAACUAGAAGCAGCUGCUAGAUUUUCAUUCCAAGAUGCAAGCCAGCAAAAUUCUGAAACAGAUCCUGAUUCCAAUAACACAGUUUAUUCUGUGCAAUCGCCUCUCCAGUCAAGCUUAUCGUUACUUGCUGGCAGUUCAUCAGUUGCCUCUGAUUAUGGUAGUGAUACCGCAUAUGAGCCAUCUGACCUAGGAACACCAAGAGUUGGACGGGAUGAUAAUUCUGAUGUUGGUACGGAUGAUCUAACAUUAGAUGAAGAUAUGACAAAUCCAAUAGAAAAGCUAGUGAAAUAUGGCAUAUCAAAUAUUGACGAAGGUUUAUUUAUGGGUCAGACUAUUCUAGAGCAAUUGGAAGGCCUACCUAGGCAUAAAGCAAAUUCCAGACAUGUGAACUAUGUUACAGAGAAGGACAAGAAUAAUGGAAAUUUAUACGACUCUUCACUUUUAGGUAAUAAUACCAUGGAGCUUUUCUCUGAGCCUGGGCAUAGCAAGGUUGUUGGUCAUGUGCGUAAGCUUUCAAAUGAGAGUUUUGGAAGUGAAGGAAGCUCAUUACGUGGUAGUGACAUCUCUAAUUUUGGGAUUCCAAAUUCCUCUGGUGAGGGCUUUCAUGACCUUCCUGGAUCUGCUUCGGUUUCAAGAGACACGGAUAUGAUGGGCCACACAAAGUUGAAAUCUACUGGUGAUACUCAAUUAGUCUUUCCACUAGAUCAACGCAAUAAAUUGAACAGGAUUCUUUCAACCAUGCAACGAAGGCUAGGCACUGCAAAAACUGAUAUGGAGGACCUUAUAGUUAGAUUAAAUCAAGAAAUAACUGCAAAGGAUUUUCUUGCAACUAAGGUCAAGGAUUUGGAAGUAGAACUUGAAACUACCAAACAGAAAAACAAGGAGAACUUACAGCAGGCUAUUCUAAUUGAGAGAGAAAGGUUUACCCAAAUGCAGUGGGAUAUGGAGGAACUUAGACGAAAAUCAAUGGAAAUGGAGAUGAAUCUAAAGUCAGAAUCGGGGGGGAAUUCUUACCAGAAUUCAACAAAGGAAUCAAUUGUUCUGCAGAAUGAUGUACUGUUACAGAAUUUAGAAACUACUAAAGAACAUCUAGAAGUUUUGUCAAAACAGUAUGGAGAGCUAGAAGCAAAAUCCAAGGCAGAUCUUAAAGUUCUGGUUAAAGAGGUCAAAUCUCUUCGUAAUUCCCAAACAAAGUUAAAGAAAGAGCUUAGUGAGUCGAUAAAAGAAAACAGUGAAACUGAGAAACUACUACUUCACGAAAGAGAAAGGAGGGAACGGGCAGAAGCUGCGCGGAGAAAACUGCUGGAGAAAUGCAGGUUUCUUUUCAACCAGCUUCAGGAGUGCAAUGUUAGUCUUCCUUAUGAAUGUGAAGAUAGAACAGUCAUGAAUUCAUCGUCAUUGAGUGAUGCUUUUAAUCAAUUAACGACAUCCGAUGACCAAAUGGACAUCCUAUUAUCAGAGGUAGAAAACUUAGAUAAGGAAUAUGGAAGUGCGGUUUCCAGUGUAGAUAAAGCCAAUGGCACCAAAGAUGGUGUAAUCUAUGAUGAUGAAGUGGGUAAGAUCAUAGCAGACUUGUUCAUGGAUAAUGUUAGACUGAGAAAACAGACAAACCGUGUCACAAGGCAUGCUCUCAAAUUGGACAUGACAGCAACUGAUGAUACCCCUUCAAUGGAAACUAUAUCAAGUAUUUAGAAAUAUAUGUGAAGUGCUAAUGUAUAUCGCUGUUCGGCUUUUGACCAAGAGCCCACUGUUUCUUUUCCCGGUGGAUCAGCAUUUGCCGUUCCUAAUAGGUGACUUAAUAUAUAUACUCAGUGCAGUAGCUCCCCCUAAUGUAUUUCAACUUGUACGAGUUUAUCUCCACACGUCAAUACGAGCCUUGCACCACAUUUUUUUGUGAACUUAAAAAUAAUGAAAAGCUGGAACUCAUCAAAGAUAAAGUUAUUUUUCUUGUCUUUUUAUUUUAA